GACCAGACAUACUAUCAAUCAUUUCAGGUUUCAGAAUACGUAUUACCAAAAUUUGAAGUGGCUUUGCAGACACCAUUAUAUUGCUCUUUGAAUUCUAAGAAUUUAAACGGUACCAUUACGGCAAAGUAUACAUAUGGGAAGCCAGUGAAAGGAGAUGUAACACUUACAUUUUUACCUUUAUCCUUUUGGGGAGAGAAAAAAAAUAUUACAAAAAAAUUUAAGAUAAAUGGGUCUGCAAACUUCUCCUUUAAUGAUGAAGAGAUGAAAAAAGUGAUGGAGUUUUCAGAGGAGUUGUCUGAACACGUGGAUCCGUCUUCUCCUGGGCCUGUAGAAAUUUUAGCCACAGUGACAGAAUCACUCACAGGUAUCUCAAGAAAUACAAGCUCCAAUGUAUUUUUCAAGCAAUAUGAUUACAUCAUUGACUUUUUUGAUUAUGCCACCAUCUUGAAGCCAGCUCUCAACUUCACAGCCACUGUGAAGGUAACCCGCUCUGAUGGCAAUCGACUGACUCUCGAAGAAAGAAGAAAUAAUAUAGUUAUAGAAGUGACACAGAGAAACCAUACUGAGUACUGGAGCAGAUGGAACAGAGGAAAUCAGGAAAUGAAAGCUGUCCAGAUCUUAAAUUAUACUGUCCCCCCAAAUGGAACCUUUAAGAUUGAAUUCCCAAUCCUGGACACUUGCAGUGAGCUACAAUUGAAGGCCUAUUUUCUUGAUAGUGUAAGUAACAUGGAAGUUCGUGGUAUGUUUAUGUCUCCUAGUAAGACAUACAUCCAGCUAAAAACAAGAGAUGAAAAUAUAAAGGUGGGGUCACCUUUUGAGUUGGUGGUUAGUGGCAACAAGCAAUUGAAGGAGUUAAGCUAUAUGGUAGUAUCCAGGGGACAGUUGGUGGCUGUAGGCAAACAAAAUUCAACAACCUUCUCUUUAACACCAGAAAAUUCUUGGGCUCCAAAAGCUUGUAUAAUUGUGUAUUAUGUGGAAGAAGAUGGGGAAAUUAUAAAUGAUGUUCUAAAAAUUCCUGUUCAGCUUGUUUUUAAAAACAAGAUAAAGCUAUUUUGGAGUAAAGCUAAUGCCGAACCUUCUGAGAAAGUCUCUCUUAGGAUCUCUGUGACACAGCCUGACUCAAUAGUUGGGAUUGUAGCUGUUGACAAAAGUGUGAAUCUGAUGAAUACCUCAAAUGAUAUUACCAUGGAAAAU